AUGGCUUCCUUCGCCGAGGCCCCCGCCGGUGACGCCGGCAGCGGCGAGAAGAUCUUCCGCACCAAGUGCGCGCAGUGCCACACGGUGGAGCGAGGCGGCGCGCACAAGCAGGGCCCCAACCUGCACGGCCUCUUCGGCCGCCAGUCCGGCACCACCCUCGGCUACGCCUACUCCACGGCGAACAAGAACAUGGCCGUCGUCUGGGGAGAAGGCACCCUCUACGACUACCUGCUCAACCCCAAGAAGUACAUCCCGGGCACCAAGAUGGUCUUCCCGGGGCUCAAGAAGCCCAAGGAGCGCACCGAUCUUAUCGCCUACCUCAAGGAAUCCACGGCUUAAUUUGAGCACCGAUCUCAUCGCCUACCUCAAGAAAUCCACGGCUAAAUUUGAUUGUUAAAUUGUAGAUCUUGUCGAAUGGUACAAUUUUCACGUAAAGUUUAUUUUUAUCCAAAUCUAUAUGUAAAAUGUAAAAGUUAUGAAUUUUUGAAUUUCCAAGUUCAUACACGAGCCUGCGCGAAUAAUCCUUAAGAUUAUCCCCGCCGGCUCUGAAUAAUUAAAUGAUUA